GCGCAGGGAUCAUGGACCUCAUCCUCUCGGGCUUUCUCUGUCACCUCAUUCGUCGACUGCGCUCGAGAAACGGCGAAGACUCGGCUCCGAAUUUCGCCCGGCGCUUCUGCGACGCCCUCCGCCGCUUGAAUCCCGUAUGAUCUCCCUGCCACAUUGAGGUCUCGUUGGAUUAUUUCAUUCCACUCCCGUACCUCGCGCUGCGGAUUUCUGCUCAAUUUCCGAGGUAAGCCCAAAGGUUGUAAUGGUCGUGUUGUUGCGAAGUUAUCAGGCUAUUGGAAGCGCCGACAGUUUUAUACGAUUUUCAAAUGAGAAUGUUGCUCGGGAUUCUGAGUUGAACCCGUUCUGAAAAUCGCGCAUUCUCUUGUUACUCUCUUUUCCAGUGGUUUCAAGCAUCUCGAGAGUGCCCGAAGCCGUCUAUCGACAUGGCCGCUGUCGCUAGUCUCGGUUCGGCUCUGUCCGUGAGCUCUGCUGCUCUGAGCCAGAAUGUGUGCCACUCCAACCAUGCUACAAAGGAAUCUGCCUUCCUCGGUUUGCGUAUCGGAGAGGCUGCCAAAUUCGGCGGAGUUUCUCUCUCUGCAUCUACGGUCGCUUCGAACGAAACGUCGAAGCCCGGUGUCGUAUCAGUGAAUGCCGUGACUGCUCCAGCAGAGACCAUGAACAAGCCCUCGGCCAAGAAGACUGCUACCAAGAGCACCUGCAUCAUCACCGGUGCUUCGUCUGGUCUCGGUCUGGCAACAGCGAAGGCCCUUGCUGACUCUGGCGAAUGGCAUGUUAUCAUGGCCUGCCGUGACUUUUUGAAGGCAGAAAGAGCUGCUAGGGCUGUUGGAAUUCCCAAGGAUAGUUACACCGUGAUUCACUGUGAUCUCGCGUCAUUCGACAGUGUCCGAGCAUUCGUAGAUAACUUCAGAAGAACCGAAAGACAGCUGGACGUGUUGGUGUGCAAUGCUGCCGUUUACUUCCCUACCGACAAGGAACCCAAAUUCUCAGCUGAGGGUUUUGAGCUGAGUGUGGGAACAAACCACAUGGGUCACUUUCUCUUGGCUCGCCUGCUAAUGGAAGACCUUCAAAAGGCCAAAGACAGCUUGAAGAGAAUGAUCAUUGUGGGGUCUAUCACUGGUAACUCCAACACCGUCGCCGGUAAUGUACCCCCGAAGGCCAAUCUGGGCGACUUGAGAGGUCUCGCCGGAGGGUUGAACGGAGUUAACUCUUCCUCCAUGAUCGAUGGAGGUGAAUUUGACGGUGCGAAGGCUUACAAAGACAGCAAGGUCUGCAAUAUGUUGACCAUGCAAGAGUUCCACAGGCGUUAUCACGCUGAGACAGGAAUUACCUUCUCUUCUUUGUAUCCCGGAUGUAUCGCAGAGACUGGCCUCUUCCGAAACCACGUCUCUCUCUUCCGAACGCUCUUUCCUCCAUUCCAAAAGUACAUCACCAAGGGCUACGUCUCAGAGGAAGAAGCAGGCAGGCGCAUGGCCCAGGUCGUUAGUGAUCCCAAGUUGAGCAAGUCUGGGGUGUACUGGAGUUGGAACAAAGACUCCGGCUCCUUCGAAAAUGAGUUGUCUGAUGAAGCGAGCAACCCCGAGAAGGCGAAGAGACUUUGGGAGCUGAGCGAAAGACUUGCUGGUUUCGCUUAGAGUUCCGUCAGUAACAAUUUUGCAGAGUUUGAUCCAAGCAAGCUCGCACUUUAGAUGCAGGAUAUGCGAGCUAUCUAUGAGAUGUCUUCUGCGACCAUAUAUUUACUUCCAUAUGGUCCAUAAUAUGACAAGGUGACCGAAAGGUGGUAUGAAUGACAGUUUCAUCCAUCUACGACAUCUUGAAGAGGGUUUAGAGAAGUACUUUGUAAUACUACCAGGUUUGCAAGUGUUAGUCUUUGAAUUAGAAACAUAUUCAUUACUACAGUUAUCUGAUCCGAACCCUCACGAGGAUGAAAGCCACGAGCUUAUGUAUAUAUAUUGGAUUGUAAUGUAAAAGGUUUGCGGUAAAGAGCGGAGUUCUGAGUCAUGGAAUUGGCCGCACCACAUAUUGUGUUCUACGCUACAUGCAGGCAGCACAUGUAAGGAGCUUAGUGAGUUAUAGCAAUCGCUUCCUCAGUUACCCACAACGACACUCGCAACCGUCUGAAUCUCCAUCUUUCUUCCUUCUUUCGUCCUAUUUUUCCAUCUCUUAGCAAGUUGAGAAGGCGAUUCAUAACGUUGAAUAAUUGUAAGCGCGAAAUUAGUUCUUAGCGGAAGGUAGGAGGAGUUGAGAGUAGAAAGAGAUAAAUACAGUGAACAGGCAAAAAGAAAAAUGAAGGUCUCAAGAAAGAAACACAUGACGUUUCUCAGGUUUAAGGCAAUGUCUUUCAGUCUACAGCACGUGAAAUUUUGGAUCUCUCAGCAGGUCGC